AUGGCUUUGAAUCUCGCGCACGAGGCGACCGAUCGUUCGGGCCUGCGACUGCCCAAUCCUCCUCCACUGCUCCACACGCGAUCCGGGAACGAGCCUUUGGAUCGCCCAUCCACUCCAAUUCAAAAUGCAUUCACCAGUCCGAUGCACACCCCGCAAGGAAGUCCCAGCAAGAACAAAGUUCCUCCCGGCGCCCUUGAUCUGCCCAGCGUCUUCGAAAAGGCCAUGAAACUCACCCCUACCUCGCCGACCAAGGCCACCUACAACCACUACAACCACCCAAUGUUCUCCCCGCCCAAGGCUCCGGGUGAGGACUUCAAUGAGAGCGUCAUCCGACAGCCCCCCAGCCCCACCCGCAAAUCCAAUAAAGAGAAUACUCCGCCGAAUUCGACCCGUCUGGGGAAGGACCUCGGUCCCAACCCUGCAGCGGCCGCCAUCUCGCGCCAGGAGGCCUAUAAAACCCGCGACGCGGAUAGUAUCCAGAGACGGCAGGUCCAGAUGCGCGGACUGACACCGGAAGAAUUGGAAAAACUGCAAGAUCCAAAAGUCAAACGACUGGUCAACGUCACUCAGCUCUAUUUCCUCGACCAUUACUUCGACCUUCUUAGCUAUGUGCACAACCGUCAGAACCGCUACUCUCAGUUCCGCGCGGCAUACCCCGACCCUCCGGCCACCCCGAUGGAAGAGUUCGAGCCGGCACUGCUGAAAUACCUCGGACGCGAACGCGCACACCUACGCAAGCGCCGCACGCGACUGCGCCAGCAUGAUUUCCAGAUCCUGACCCAGGUCGGUCAAGGUGGAUACGGACAGGUGUACCUAGCUCAGAAGAAGGACACUCGGGAGGUUUGCGCUCUGAAAGUGAUGAGCAAGAAACUUCUCUUCAAGCUGGACGAAAUUCGACACAUCCUGACGGAACGUGAUAUCCUGACGGCCGCUAAAAGCGAGUGGUUAGUGAAGCUGUUGUAUGCGUUCCAGGAUGACGAACAGAUCUAUCUGGCGAUGGAAUACGUUCCUGGAGGAGAUUUCCGGACGCUGCUGAACAACUCGGGCGUCUUGCACAAUCGCCACGCCCGGUUCUACAUUGCGGAGAUGUUCAGUUGCAUCGACGCUCUCCAUGCGCUGGGCUAUAUUCAUCGCGAUCUGAAGCCCGAGAACUUCCUGAUCGACUCUACUGGCCAUGUGAAACUGACCGAUUUUGGUUUGGCUUCCGGGAUGCUCAACCCCGGCAAGAUUGAGUCGAUGCGGGUGAAACUCGAAGAAGUCGGCAACACUCCCGUCCCAUUCGGGCGCCCGAUGGAACAACGUACCGUCGCGGAGCGACGUCAGGGGUACAGAACCCUCCGUGAGCGUCAAGUCAACUACGCAAAGUCGAUUGUGGGAUCACCGGACUACAUGGCCCCCGAGGUCCUGAAGGGCGAGGAGUAUGACUUUACGGUGGACUACUGGAGCUUGGGAUGCAUGUUGUUCGAGGCGCUCGCAGGCUAUCCUCCGUUCGCUGGGUCUACGGUGGACGAGACGUGGCAGAACCUGAAGAAUUGGCAGAAGGUGUUGCGCAAACCGGUUUACGAGGAUCCGAAUUACUUCCUCUCUCGGCGUACUUGGGAUCUGAUCACGACCUUAGUUGCGUCCAAGGAGAAGCGCUUCAAGAACAUCCAGGAGAUCCAUGCCCAUGACUAUUUCGCCGAAGUCGACUUCUCGCGUCUGCGCGAGCAGCAGGCGCCGUUCGUCCCAGAACUGGAUUCUGAGACGGAUGCGGGCUACUUCGAUGACUUCUCCAAUGAGGCGGACAUGGCGAAGUACAAGGAAGUGCACGACAAGCAACGCGCAUUGGAAGAGAUGGCCGAGCGUGAAGACAAGAUGAGCAAGGGCUUAUUCGUCGGGUUUACGUUCCGUCAUCGAAAACCCGCCAUGGAUGGAACUGGCCGCGUAUCUCCGCGCAAACCCAUCGCAACGGAUGGGACGUUUGGCACGAUUUUCUGA